UUAAUUUAAAAACGAACUUGCAAAGCUUCAGUAACGGUAGGCAAGACAAGAUCCACUUGGCAUGCCUAUAUAACCGUCUCGCGCUCUUUUAGCAGUUUUCGAGGAAACAUAUUUGUAAGAAACAAAGAAAAUCCACCGAACAUCUCCUACAAUCACCAUUUUGUAUUUACUUUCUUUAUUGUAAUUCUCUUCAUCCAACCCAUCAUCAAGCUUCUCUGAAUCUCAGCAUCAUCUACACCAUAAUCAGCGAUUAUAGAGAACAUGUGGACAGAUAGCAUAGAGGUUUCGGUGGUGGAGUUGGCGGUGGUGGUAGUAGCGGUGGUUACGAUGAUUAUGGGUGCAAAUGCAUAUGAUACCAACGCUGUGAUGAGUCCUUGCUUGGAUGCUAAAGUACAAAAAUCUGAUGGAUUCACAUUUGGUAUUGCAUUUUCUAGCAGAGAAUCUUUCUUUUUCGAUCAGGUUCAACUUUCACCUUGUGAUAUUCGUCUUGCCCUUCCAAGCAAAAAAAUGGCACAACUUGCUAUAUUUAGACCUAGAGUUGAUGAGAUUUCUCUUCUUACCAUCAGUAGCAGUACCUUUGAUCCGGCUAUGUCUGGUGGACAUAUGGUGGCAUUUGCUGGAAGAAAAUAUGCAGCAAGAUCACUUCCAGCCAUGAUUGCUGAUCAUGGUAUGAUCAUUACUAGUUUCACUCUGGUCCUGGAAUUCCAACAGGGUACCCUACAGAACUUGUUCUGGAAGAGUUUUGGUUGUGAUUCUUGCUCUCAUGGUUCUGUUUGCCUCCAUGGCAAGGACUGUGCGGUUCCAAGCUCAAGGUGUGGCCCUGUUGACUGUAACCUAGGAAUACAAUUAGCAUUCUCAGGUACUGACAGGAAUCUUGAAUCUCUUAAUUCGUGGUAUGAGGUAUCAAAUCUCCAGCAAUACUCUCUGCAUGGUCUGUACUCGGAUCUCCGUGACUCCAUUAAUCAAGUCGCUGGGCAGUCGUAAGAGUAAUUAAGUUGUUAUUGCUUACGUGAUGAUAGUGGAUCAAAUCUAUAUACCAGUCAAUGUAUAGCUCAACUGCAUAAGAAUAAUAGCUUUUGCCUUAGUUUCACAUUAGAUUGAAACUUUUCUGUAUUGAGAAAUUGUUAGAUUCAAUAAUGGGAUAGAUGGAUAUGAAACUUCAUUUUGCAUACAAGUAGUGA